AUGGAGGACCCAACGACCAUGGAAACGGAUUCCCAUGGGCCAGACAGUGAAUUUGCACAUUCACCAUGGGUGGAAAUAGGCCCAUUUGCUUCUCCUCAGCAAUCGCCCCCGAUUCACGAGUAUAGCGGCUUCGACUAUGGUCCAUCACCGUUGAUGGCCGUGGACACUUCGUAUGGGAUGUCAAUACCGCCACCCUACACGUCGAUGCCAUUGCCCAUGCCUUCACAUUCGUGGCCCAGUAUGCUCACGACGCACAAUCCAUGGAAUGGAUUGCCGGUUUCCACGCCGACCUCAGUCUCGCCUUCGGCCCCCAUGCCUCCAGUGCGGAAGACCUCAACUGGGGGAAAUACACCGCGCAGGACCCUUACUGAUGAUGACCGUCGGCAAAUGUGUCUCUAUCACGAGGAACACAAGACUGCGAAGCAGACCGAUAUUGGAGCUUUAUUUGGAGUUGAGAGAAGCACUGUCUCUAAAGUCCUUCGCCAGAAAGACAAGUAUCUCAACCCCAAUGAUCGAAGUCGAUCUCCCAUCAAACGGGCCAAGGGCAAAGUUCCCGAUAUCGAGAAAGCCCUAUCCAACUGGGCGAAGAACUACCAGCGCAAAGGCUAUCCGCUGAGCGACGAGAUGAUCAAAGAGAAAGCCCUUUUCUUCGCAAGCACCUGUCUUUGCCCAGAAGGAAAGGAGGAGGUCCAGACCGCAGCAUGGCUGGGAAAGUUCAAGCGCAAGAACGGCCUGCUGGGCGCAAAGAUACGCAGAGACUCAACCGAAAUCCGCAGCGGAUCAAACAGCCCAACCCAGCUCAACACAGACUUCGGCUCCGCCCUCAAAAGUCCCACGGGACCCUCCCCAACCUCCCCAGUCGUAGACAGCUUCGGCUCACCACUAUCGCCAACAAGCCAAGAAAGCCUCAAACGAGACAUGGAAGUCCCCGAUCUGACAGGCGGAUACCAACACGGCUACUCAAAGAGCACCACCUCGCUCGACACAACCUCCUCCGCCGGAAUGGUCAGCCCAACCUCAACCCUCGUCUCCGACAGCCCCUUCACACCCACCAGCCAAUCCCGCCUCCCAACCGUCAACAGCAACAACUCCAGCCGUCCGCGCAGCCAAACCUUCCCGCUCGCCCCCAUCGACCCCGCCCUCCUCACCGACGAGACAAUGGACUCGCACACCCAAAAGCGCGAACUCCAGCAAUCCCUCUCCGUCUCCAUCCUCGAGUCCCCCAUCGAAAUGGACUCAAAUACAGACGGCUUCAGAGGGACCCGAAACGUCGUCAAGCGCAAUCGCAGCAACCCCGAAAUUAAAGCAAAGUUCAUGCCCCCGCCUAAAUCAGCCGCCGUCUCCCCGGUCACUUCCCCAGGCUCCCCAACCCAGGACGAGGCUCGGCGCGCUCUCGAGCUGGUCAUGACGUACUUCGAUCAUCAGCCCGCCGGCCUGGCGGCGCAGGAGUACAUGACUAUCGGGAAAUUGAUGGAGAGGCUCGAGCUCGCCAAGGGUCAGUUGUUGGGUGGCUUGCCGCGCAUUGACGAACAUGAGGAUAUUUCUAUACCGCGCGUGACCAAGAAGAGAAGUAUUCACAAUAUGGGAUGA